GUCUUGUCUUCGCACGGGACAAUCCCCAAACGGAGCUUGCUACCUGGUACCUCAUUCCGGCAUUUUCUGUUGUUCUCAGCUCCUUCUAUCAAACUCGUAAUUUCGAGGCGCAGACAUGGAUCAAUGUCUCAACGAAACAGAACCUCACACCAACACAGCUGCGGAUACGAAGCCCAAAGCCACAGUGCUCGUCCCGCUUUACAUCUACCCACUGGAUGACGAAACAUGGAAGCCCUUGUAUGAAGCGAUAACUAAUCACCCCAACCUCGACUUUCUCGUGAUAGUCAACCCCAAUAGUGGGCCAGGAGACAUCUUCGUGGCCAACCGUGAUUACAGCCGAGAAAUACCAAAGCUGAACGCGCACGCAAACGUUGUGACAGCUGGCUAUAUCCGUAUCGACUACUGCAAGCGUCCUCUCAGCGAAGUUUGUACCGAGAUAGACACUUAUGCAUGCUGGGCCACCGAGUACGAGAAGACGGGUCUUGGUGUUGGAGGGAUUCUGCUUGAUGAGACGCCGAACCAUUACACGGCCGAGAGAGCUGAGUAUCUGGAUGCCUUGUGCCAACACAUCAAAGCCGCUCCAGGCAUACAGGGCGAUCGAUUGGUGAUCCACAACCCCGGCACGCCUCCCGACACCGAGCUCGGGAGUCCCGGUCCGGAUGUGAUCGUCACUUGCGAAGAGCCUUACGAGCGGUACCAGGGCGAGGAAGUCCAGAAGCGCCUUAAGGAUUACCACUACGAUCAGCCCCGGUCAGGAUACAUGGUUUCCGGGGUGCCAAGUACUGAGAUUUUCGCUCUAUUGCAAAAACUGCGUUAUCGUGGAGCAUAUCUGUUUGUUACUGAUUUAGUCAAUGAUUUCUACGAGAGCUUUGGCGAUAGUUGGGGAGAGUUCAUUGCGGCGUUUGAGACUUAGACGGCUUGAGCGUACUGUACUGUAGCGUAGUUACUUUGAGGAGGACAGGCCCAUCGGGUCGAGCAAGGAAAGGUUAUGCGUCGCAUCAUUGAAUCACCGUUCUGCAUCUCACCGCCACUAGGAAGUACACGGGACAAUCAUAAGAACAUCCUAGCUUCU